AUGGUCUUCGUGCUCUUCCUCGUCUUCAGCGUCCUGGUCAAGCUCAUCAUCUGUUUCGGCACUGUUCUCGUCCCUUCCACGUUCCUGUGGCUCGACAUCGUUUGGGGGGCGUCUACCCAGCUCUUGUUUGGCAUUGUGGGGAUUCUCAAUGGAGCUGCAACCAUAGCACAGCGCUUUGAGCCAGUGCUCAUUUUGGCAGACUGCAUACAGGGCCUGGUCAUCUCCUGUUGCUUGAUCUGCGCGGUUCUCUUCUUCAGUGCCGCAUGGGACUACAUGCUCCAGUAUUGGGUUGCCCUGGCUCCCACGCUCGUGCCUCCCAUCGAGGCAGAAGAGCCUGUGCCGGAUGCACAGGAAGCAGGCGUGCCAACUGCAGAGGCGCCACCACCACAAAUCGCGGCAGAGGCGGCGCCAGCAGCGGCUGCUCCGGCGGCGGCACCGGUCGGGGACGACUUCAGGGAGGUGGACUUUGACGCGCUGCUGGGCCUGCAGGGGCCGCUGAUCGGCCUAUUUGAGAACGCGGCCAUGAUCGUACUGCUGGCCGCCACCAUGCUCUUCGCUGCCUUCUUGCUGCCCUUCACAGUAGGCAGGCUUGCGCUGUCUGCGCUGGCAAACCUGCAGCCCGACCAGGCAGCCUCGGUGCUGAAUGCAUUGGCGAACGAUCCUGCACGGCUGCACAGCGCGGGGGCAGCGGCGCCUGCCGGCAAUGCGACCGGGGGCGUAGUCCUGCCGGAGGACUUCACCGGCGUGGAGAUGUCCGGCGUGGCAGGCGCCAUCAUGGUCUUCGAGCAGGUCAUCAAGGAGCUGGAGGUGCACCUGGCGCAGCCGACGAUAACUGACUGGGCGGUGCUGGUGGCGGGGUAUGUGGUGGUGGGGGGCCUGGCGCUGGCGGGCCUCUGGACCUACCUGGCAUGGAAGGUCGUGCGCAGCGGCCGUCGCGGCCGCGGCAUCGCCUGGGCCAAGCACGCCCUCGCGCUGGCCGGCCGCCAGUUCCGCGCCUACCUCAUCCGCGUCGGCUUUGCUGCCAAGGUGGUUUCGAUACUGCUGACGGAGCUGGCGCUGCUGCCCAUCGCGCACGGGUACUUCCUGCACAUGUGCGCGUGGCCCCUGGUCCACCACCGCCCGGCCAUCUCCUUCGGGCUCAGCUUUGUGCUCCUGCACUGGCUGCUCGGCAUGGGCUUCCUGAUGGCCACCGCCAGCUUCCUGUCCAUUGCGCGUGGCGUCCUCCGGCCAGGGGCGUUGCCUUUUCUGAGGGACCCCUACGACAUGGAUAACGAGGAGCCGUUUGGGCAGCUGAUGACGGCGCCGCUGCGGGAGCAGAUGGCACGCGCGGCCGGCGCGUUCGCAGUCAUGGCGUGCCUGGCAGUGGCAUGCAUCCACGUGCCCAUCCGCGCGGCCUCCUUUCUGGCGCCCCCGCUGUUCCCGCUGCGCUUGAAGCUGGUCGACGCUCUGGCUGAGCUGCCGGCCGACCUGCUGCUCUUCCACGUCUGCCUGCCCCUCACCCUGCCCCACCUGCAUCUCAGGCGGGCGGUGCGGCAGGCGCUGUCGUGGUGGCUGCGCAGGGCGGCCUGGCUGCUUGACCUAGAACGCUACCUGCUGCGGCCCCAGCCCGGCCAGCCUGCGGCGCAGCAGGCUCCCCCGCGGCUGUUGGGGGCGGCGAAUGGCGGCGGCAACAGUGUGGACGUGAACAUGCGGGGGGAAGAGGCCGAUGAGGCGGAUGGCCUGGAGGGGCGGCUGCUUGCGCUGCUGGGGCUGCUCAUUGUCACGGCCAUUGCCACCGUCACUGCCGGCAUCAUGUUGCCACUGCUCACAGGUCGCCAGCUGCUGACGCUGUUGAACGUGCCGCUGCGCCACGACAUGUAUGUGAUAGCGGCGGGGUGCUACUCGCUGUGGGCCGCCUGCAGAGUGCUGGCGUGGCUCCGGCGGGUGACAUCGUCCAGCAGUCUCGCUGGGGUGGUGCGGAAGCUGGGCAAGGGGCUGUGGGUGGGUGCGUGUGGGGCUGCGCUGCUGGUGACUGCGCUGGGCGUGCUCCCCCUCAUGGCAGGCCUGCUCUGCGACCUCGUGCUGGCCCCCUUCAGGGUGCCGCCGAGGGCAAUGCCGGCGCUGCUGCUGCAGCAGGACUGGGCGCUGGGACUGAUCGGGCUCAAGUUUGCGCACCACAUGGUGGCCGGCAUCCCCAACGGCCGCCACGGGCUCCUGGGGCGUCCCCUGCGCGACACCUUCGCGCAGCUCGUGGCGCCCCCCCUGCAGGCCACCGCUGCACUGCUGGCCGUCCCCUACCUGCUCACGCGCGGCCUCCUGCCCCUCACCGGCCUCCCGGCUGCCGCUCUCCAUGUGUGCUGGACGUGGGCGUACUUUGUGGAGGUGGUGGGGCUGCUGGUUGCGGUUGGGGUGAGGUGUGCGGCGCUGAAGGUGCAGCAGCUGCGGCGCUCUAUUCAUGAGGAGCGCUACCUUGUGGGCCGCCAACUGAACAACCUGAUUCCCGCGGGCGCUCCUGCCGAGUCCUGA